GGCUGCCUCUUAUAGUCGCAGCCUGCCCUCUUCUCUUCUUUUUCUUCUUCCCUACACCAACCAGCCUGGCCACCCUCUUCCCUGCCUCUCUGCCUGCCUAUCUACCUAUCUACUUACCUGCCUUUGCCCGUCAAGAAAGUAGAUCAUCGAUCAACAAUACCAUUAUCCAGACCCGGGCGUUCAAUUCUUGCAUCCAAUGCAGGCUCCGGGACGCCUCUCGAUGCGCCUAGGCAAUACAAUCCGAUCUUGCGACAGGUUGUUGCUCCUUUGAGCAGCAAGGCGACAAACCACGGGAACGCGCCAGCAUCCAGAGUCGCAGGCGGCAUACAACCGAAAAAAUAAAAUUAAAACAGCCUCAGCCGGGGCUGCGCCUGGCUCUGCCUCGCCGCUACCACCAACCCCCAAUUUGCUCUUCAAUACGCCCAUCACACUUCAGCCAUCGGGCGGGAUACUGCCAUUUCAUUUUACCGGCUCAAGUCCUUGCCGAGUUCAUGAGAGUCAAGAAAAAGGCGACCACCACACCCCCAGCCACCACACCAGCGUUGCCGCGCGCAAAACUGUGCUAGUCUAUUAUCGGGGGCGCUCAGCCUUUCAGCCCGGCGCCUCUCGGAUGAGGAAUAUUGCUAAUCUCGGGGGGAAAAAAGCGCCAUUUGGGCGUUACAGCGCAAGCCCUCCAACGCACUGACCUCGGUCAGACGCCCGCCAUACGACGCCUCGUUCCAGGCAGACAGUUGCCUUGAUUCUUACAUGCCCUUUGGUUCCCGAGGUUCCCGAAGGCAUGUUGGAGGAGUAUCAAAGCCCCCAAUUUGAAACGGUCGCCUUUGUUGCCUCGCCGGAUUGGCGUCGGAGGGAUGAGGCUGGACAAGGGAGGUGGGCGAUGGCCCAUGUUUUAAGGCAACAAUGUUUUAAGCCCAACAUCACUGAGCUAGGUGCUAGGUCCGUUGUCGCGGCCACCCGAAACUUGUGCAUUGGGGGGCUAGUGCACCAACGUGCAUGUUGCUGCCUCCUCCAAGUGCGGCUGCCAACAGCUACUGUGAGGCACAGGCCUGUGAUAAUCACAGGAGGCUGGACGAGCUUACAUGGAACCAACAAUCGCAGCAAGCAAGCGCCAACCGGACGCCAACCGGAUGCCCAGGCCACCACGAAGCCAAUCAGGUCUAUCGGCGUCAUGAGGAAACUUGGCCAUGCCACUCUCGAUUCCAGCCCAUGUUGGAAGCCGAAAUCAACCGAUAUUCCGCCACCCAAAAUCAGGCAACCGGAACGCUACGCCAAAAUGAGAUUGGAAGACCCGCCCCCAAAAGUAUGAUGGCCCGCUCGGGCCUGCCAAGAACACCCUUGCCACUAUGUGCCGCGCACGUUCUCGGAGCCCAGUUCCCUAAGUCCGAGAUUUGUCGGCGUCGAGACCGGCUUUUUGAGUUUCCGCGCGGUCAUGAUAGCCCGGCGAAUGGGGUGCCCGCGGCAAAUAUCCAGCCGAGAUACGCCGAGGCCGUCCACUACAACCACUAUGUCGUUCCCCGCCUUGUUGCCUACCUGAUGCAAGCCCCCACCCUUAGCAGCCUUGGGCUUUUAUUCACACUGGCCACGGUACCGGCUUCGACGGAACAGCAGAUUGACACUAUGGGUUGUAGCGCUUGUGAGGGGCACAAAUGCUCUUCUUUGAUGCGCAUCGAUGGCAACAAUCCACACAGCAACCUGCUGACGCCUGGAUACCCCCUCACCCCAAAUGGCGAGGCCCAAAAAGAAGGCAAACAUGCGUUUUGCGUUCACCGGGGCGUUGUUUCGGCAAUUCCAACACCGAUGUGCCUUCUGGAAAUGGCGGGAAUAACUUCUGCGCGCUUAUGGCUGCAUGAUCGAGGCUUGGAAGCCUGGAGUCUGACCGCCAGCGCAUGCAUCUACCUACCUAGGUAGACACCUACGCUAUAGCUGCAAGGCGACCGUAUCGGCCCAACAAAAGUCAGCUUCUGCUUUCGCAGUCAUCCCUUCUGGAAAAGGCAGAAAAGCCGCUUCAGCCGCGCAGUGCGCCGUCAGUAAGUAACUAGGCGCUACCAUCCGGGUAUCCGGGGCCCAUUGGACAUCUCUGGACUUCUCUAUCACGUCAUCCACAGCCCUUUUGACUCCCAGGACGGGAAGUCCCCAUUAGGAGAAAGAAACAACAACGGAAAACUCGGCGCGGUUUCUAGAAAGGCCUGCCAAGGCAAGUUGCCUUUCUAUUCCCAUGUUGGUGCGUUUUGUUGUGCAUGGCCAUCGCGUUUUUUUUUUCGGCUGCGGGACAUGCCGCGCCUCAACCCCACACAUAUCGGGAUCCCCGACAGGUCCCCUUUUCCUGGAGUGGCCGAGAGCCCUAAUACAACUUCCCAGCAGUGGCCAUAUACGGACACCGAGUCGGCCCAGCUGAGUCGUGCUCUUAUACAAUUGCCUCGGCGCCUCCGUCCCCUUUUUUCUUUUUCUCCAUUUGUUCUUCAGCUGCGGCAUUUUCCGCGUCUCCGAUAUUCGCCUCGAGCAAGCCGCCACGCCUCUUAUUGGUAUGGAGUUCAAGCGGGCCACAUAGUCAACUAUGCACAAGCGCGCGGCGCUGACUAGUCCCUGCGGUAUCGGCCUUCACCCCCCCUCCCUCUGCUCGGUCUCGCCUAUGAAAGGCGCAAACGAGAGAGUCCUCGCCCACAGACACGCGGCUGCUCAAAGGAGAAUUAAAGCCGUGGAGGAAUAUGUCGGUGAAGGAAACCAGCGGUCUAAAAGCCGGCGAGCAAAUGAGGAAGCAACGAGAAAGAAGGCGACCUUCCCACGCCGCAUCCGUCCAUGACAUCAGCCCGGUGCUGUGCUGUGCCGCGCUUCCACAUUUAUCGAGCGCAGGGUCUCUUUUUUUUUUUUUUGUCUGAGCCGCGCGCACUAGGAGCCCCCAAUUAGGUCGAUGUUAAGGCCGAGGAUUCCUUCGGGAGUGGAGGCGGAUAGGAAUCUGGGCUCCUCCUGGCCCUUACAGGAUCCGCCGCCUUUUUGCGCAGCAGAUCCUAUGGCGAGGGGUCGUGGUGUGUGAACAGUAGGAUGAUAUAAAAAAAGCUCAAAAAUUCUCAACACUGUCACGUUGUGAUUCCUCAUAUUGCUGCAGGCGUGAUUUUAGCCCCAGCUACAACACUAUCCCAUUUUGCUUUUGUGGUGCAUUAGGGUAGCCUUGUCUUGCCUAGCCUUGUCGUGUCAUUUUCUAGGGAGC